ACUUAAAGGGAAAACCCAUUGUGUUUAACGGAUACAUUUUUCAAAUAUUUUACACUUGCUUUACAAAAAACAAUGUAUCCUUACUCAAAUAUCAAGAGGUUACUAUUUAUAUCUUUGAAAUCAAUGUUGUAACCGAGUAUAAAAAGAGAGUAGACUACUUAAGUAGCUCAUUCUAAAUGUACAGUAGUAAAUGUCUCACGGGACUGACAAAUAAUUAAAGUUUUACAGUUUAAUGAAUUUGUAAGCUGUGAAGUAUUUCUAGAUAAAGUUUAGGUCAAAUUCAAACUCUCUAUACAAAGGUUCACAAUGUUUAAGAUAAAAAAAAAAAAUAACAUUCAUAGUCUUUAUUUUUCAUAGAAACAAUGAAUCAUUUGAAGAGUUUUACAGUAUGACCAACACUUGAGUGUAGUGAUACAGACUCUAAAUGUAGCUACUUCACUGGAUGGAAACUUCUAAUAUCACAAGCAAAUCUUUCCAUCAAUUUCAGUACACAUCAGCUGACUAAUUAUGUUAGAAAAUUUAUCAAGUUGAAGGAUUUGUGUUUAAUUUGUGUUAAGAUUUCAUGGUUAGAUAAAAGAAUGAAAACACAUAUUGAAGACUAAACUGAUGCAGUUGUAUAAUAAAGCCAUGAAUUCCAGCAUCAAUGGGCUCAAUGAGUCCUUCGUGGAGAUGUACAGAGAACAGUUAAGUGAUGAGAUGGCUCUGACACUCCUGCCAGCCAUUUUGAUACUGUGUUUUAUUAUCAUCAUUGGUCUGGUAGGGAACUGCCUUGUGUUUUAUGUGUACUACUACAAAUUUACAUCCAGUUCUGCAAGGACUGCCAUCUUGGUUCUUGCAUUCUCUGAUCUGAUCACAUGCACCAUUAGUAUCCCUGGAGAAAUCAUUGACAUGCGCUACUCAUACAACUUCACCAGUGAACUCCUUUGCCGGGGCGUUCGCCUGGUAGCAACUGUUGUGUUGAUAGCCUCAGGUUUUGUUCUGGUGACCGUGGCGGUGGAUCGCUACCAGAGAAUCUGCCACCCGCUGGGGAACCACCUGACAGCCAAGGCUGUGUGGAAGCGUGUCUUGUUUCUCUAUAUACUGGCCACACUAUUUGCUGUUCCGGCGCCCAUUGUGUAUGGUAUCGCUGAAGUAGCCACGCCCAUGUCUGGUGUUUAUGGCAGCGAGUGCUCUACUAACCAAUUCUUCAAAAGCCACCCACUUCCUAUUGCCUACAGUGUUAUCUUACUGCUAGUUUUUGUAACAGCCUUCACUAUAAUGAUUGUAAUAUAUGUCUUGAUUGGACGUAAAGUCUUAAGACAAAACAAGUUUAGAAAGAAUGUCAGAGUAAGGAAGGGAAGUAUAGCAUCUCAGGACACCAACCACAGACACACAGUGUGUAGCACCAGUCAAGAGAACGAGCCUUCAUUGUCUGAUGGAGUCAAGAACUCUUCAAUUGUUCAAGAGGAACCAGAGAAUAACAUGCAUCAGGAGGAAUCAAAAGUAAAACAACACAACAACAACAACGGCACUAAGCUGACCAGAAAAUCAUCAGUAAUCCGCCACCUGCGUAAGCUAUCAAGCACCGGGGAUGCACGCACUAGAAAAACAACCAUGAUGCUGUUCUUCAUCACGCUGGUGUUUGUCCUGAGUUUCCUGCCCCACAUAGCACUCAAAGCCGUGCAAGCUUUAAACAAAAACUUUAUGUCCAGUCUCAGCGUAACAGGAGUUAUUUUCUACAAUAUUUUUGUGCGCUCCUGUUUCUUCAACACAGCUGUCAAUUUUUUUAUAUAUGGUUUCUGCAGUCCAAAGUUUAGACACGAAUGCAGAAACAUCUUUUUGAAACUGACGUUUUGGAUUAAAAACAAGAGGAGAGCCUCUAUUCGAAGUGAUGACAUUCAGUAGCUUAUACAUUAACUGACUGUGCUAAUGUGCGUUAAUUAAAUGUUUGAGGGAAAAGUUCAUUUUAAAAAAUUAUGUCUUUAUGCUUAUACUGUUGAUACUACUUUGUUCAUAAAUCAGGCGUGAAGAUAUUUAUCAACUACGAUAUGAAUACAUAAAAUUAAUCUGAACUUUUAACAUUAAGUUUCUAUAUUCUGUGGUUUAAAUUCACAUUAUAUGAAGGUCUAACUGAUUGUUCAGGCAUUUUAAUUUCCCUGACCUAUGAUAAAAAAGUGCAAGCAUUUUACCUGCACUAUGAAUGUCUGUCAAGUGUUAACUUUAACAUCUAUUCCCAACAUUCCAAUAAUUAAGUCAUCUAUAAUUUUAAGAUUAUCAACUGAUAUCUGAACCUGUCUCUCAAUUAUAAAGAAGAAGAACGAGCAAUAAAUUAAAUCUGAACAAAAUUAUAAUUGCCAUUUCUAUUUGAGUAACAUGAAAUCCAAGUCACUUAGAUAUUUCUUUUGGAAUUUCACAAGAUCAUGUUAUUAUAUUCAUUUUACAUUCUUACUGCUGGGUAAGAAACUUUAUUUAAAAAAUCAAGAUUUUUAUCAACCAUCUUUUUCCUUCUAAAUCUAAAUAUUUCAUCAAUUUUUUAAAAAAUCACAUGACAAUUCCCCCACUCCCAAUAAUAAUAGCACAAUUUUCUAACCCACUUAAAAAAACAUGAUUCUAAUGAAAGUUAACUUUUUUGUUGCUGUGAAGAAAUACAACAUCCAGUCAUAGACAUAACAAUACCACAUAUGCAGAGAUCUUUAAUCAAUGAUAUUUAUGGUUACUAACUGAAGUAAUGUAAAUAUUGAAUGUUAACUAUGAAUUUAUAAAAAUGUACUGUAAAUAUUGAAAGAAAUGUAAAUUAUGUAGUUUGUUUUUAACUUUUGUAAAAAUAUUGUGUACAAUUUAUUAUACAUUGGAUACAGCAAAGUAUUGUAACUACGUUACAAAAUUUAAAGUUGAGUUGGAUGCACUAAUUUGAAGCUGAAUGUUAACAAAGAUUUUUAGAUGGGGUUGAUAUUUUGGAUGUUUCUAAAAGGGUACUAAAAUAUACUUGAUUUAAAUAGCUAAUAUAUUUCUCCAGAGCACAUAUAAGUUCUUGUGUAUAUAGUGGACAAUUAAAAAUGAAACAAUAGUGCUUAAGUAAAAGUUCUAAGGAGUUUCUUACCUUUAAUAAGACUGCUAACAAUUUAGACAGCAUAAUUAUUUCAUACUAGUGAGAAACUAUUAAAUCUUUCUAUAAAAAAUGUUUUGUAUUCCAUAUUUCUUUUAGAGCUUGUGUGUGUAUAGUGAAUUAGAAGGGUUAAAAUAAUGGAUCAGUAUUUGAU